AUGUACCCUCCAACACCAGCGCUACUUGCUCCCCAUCCACCAAUGCUUCCCAUUCAUCCGCCUAUGUUAUCUCAUCCACCAAUGCUACCUAUGUUAGCUCCUCAUCCACCAAUGCUGCCUAUGUUAGCUCCUCAUCCUCCAAUGUUGCCUAUGUUAGCUCCUUAUCCACCAAUUGCUGCCUAUGUUAGCUCCUCAUCCUCCAAUGCUGCCUACGUUAGCUCCUCGUCCACCAAUGCUACCUAUGCACCUGCCUAUGUUAGCUCCUCAUCCACCAAUGCUUCCCAUCCCAUCGCCAUACUUCCUGCAACAAUGAUCCCAUCCAUGGUUCACGGGUCCUUAUUAGCGCCUCACCCACCGAUGGUGCCGUCGUUUGGUAAGGCGGAAGGCAUGGCACCAUUUCCACUGGCCCCGCUUACUGUGGUCCUGGCGGUCGGGUUCCUGGUCGACGCCGAGGCCAAACCGGCUCCCAGUCCCAUGGUUCUCCCUUAUGGCGUUCCCGACACUGUCCUGCCUGGCAUGCUCGGAGCCCCUGUGGCACAGCCAAUGUCUCCAAUGAUGUACCCUCCAACACCAGCGCUACUUGCUCCCCAUCCACCAAUGCUUCCCAUUCAUCGCCUAUGUUAUCUCAUCCACCAAUGCUACCUAUUUAGCUCCUCAUCCACCAAUGCUGCCUAUGUUAGCUCCUCAUCUCCAAUGCUGCCCGUUAGCUCCUCGUCCACCAAUGCUUCCUAUGCACCUGCCUAUGUUAGCUCCUCAUCACCCAAUGCUUCCCAUCCCAUCGCCAUACUUCCUGCACCAAUGAUCCCAUCCAUGGUUCACGGUCCGUUAUUAGCGCCUCACCCACGAUGUGCCGGCGUUUGGUAA